UGCAUUACGCCAUCAGAGGGCUUGAGCGGACAGGGGUACUCCAUUCCUUCACCCUCAACAUCUUUCGAAGCGGAUCCACCUUCAGGACACAAUCGUCCGCUGCUUUCCUAUUUUCAGUCGUCACUAGGAAAGAAAGAAGACGUCCUACAAGUUAGACGAUGGACGAAACCACUAGUCUGAUGAUCGAAGAAGUUGCUACUCCAGUCACCGGACUGUGGAGCCGAUUUCUGUCAGCUGCAGCCUGUGGCUGGAAGAAGCUUCUGUCAGCCUGGAACUCCAACCUUGUACAGAUGCGUCUGGUGCUGAUCUCUCUGCUCUUGUACAUGGCUGACAUUAUCACAGACAUCAUGCUGGCAAAGCAGUAUUAUAGCAAUGGUGAUUAUCACUGGUUUGGCUGGACAAUAGGGUUUGUGAUGGCACCACCAGCUGUAAUGAACUUUAUGUUAUUAGUGUAUGACAUUGAUCUCCUAGAUAUCAAACUGUCACUGAGGAAGUGGGAGAAGUGCCUGUUGAACUUCUCAUGUUUUGCUCUGCCUGUAAUGAAGUAUGUUGAAAUUAUUAAUCUGUUAGAUGGUGGCAAAGAAGUAAAAGAAAGUUUAAAGAAAAACCUCCGCCGCUUCCACCUGGUUGAAGCCAUGUUGGAGAGCCUCCCUCAGCUGUGUCUGCAAAUUUACAUCAUUCGCUCCACACAUGAGCAGGUCAGUGUCCUGAAGGUCAUCACCAUGGUGAUAUCACUGCUGGCAGCAGUCAAGGCUGUAGUCACAUGUAUGUACUAUGACAGACGUUCAACUUAUAUGGGGCCAGCCACCCAACUGUGGAGCCGCUUUCUGUCAGCCUGGAACUCCAAUCCUGAACAGAUGCGUCUUGUGCUUAUCUCUCUGCUCUUGUACAUGGCUGAUGUUUUCACAGAUUUUAAUAUGUUGGUAGUGCAGUACUACAAAAAGGUUGAUUAUCACUGGUUUGGCCAUGUUGGCAAAGCAGUACUACAACAAUGGGGAUUAUCACUGGUUUGGCUGGACAAUAGGGUUCGUAUGUAUAAUGGCACCACCAGCUGUAAUGAACAUUCUAUUAUUAGUGUAUGACAUUGACCUUCUAGAUAUCAAACUGUCACUGAGAAAGUGGGAGAAGUUCCUGUUGAACUUCACAUGUUUUGCUAUGCCUCUUAUGAAGUAUGUUGAAAUCAUUAAUCUGUUAGAUGGUCGCAAAGUCGUGAAAGAGAGUUUAAAGGAAAAACUCUACCGCUUCCACCUGGUUGAAGCCAUUUUGGAGAGCCUCCCUCAGCUCUGUCUACAACUUUAUAUCAUUCGCUCCACACAUGAGCAGUUCAGUGUUCUGAAGGUCAUCACCAUGGUGAUAUCACUGCUGGCAGCAGUCAAGGCUGUGGUUACAUAUAUGUACUAUGACAGAAGUUCAACUUAUAAGGGGAGUAGCCUUAAAUUGGUCAUCAUGUUAUUCAUUUGGAAGGCGCUUGAACUGAGUCUCCGUGUGCUGGUCAUUGUGUUGUUUGCAUCUGUUUAUAAACAGUGGGUUUUCAUUCACAUUGGAAUACACUGGCUAGUGACAGCAUUUUGCAUAGUAUACACAACCGACGGAAACAAGUACAAAGAAGAUGGCAUUUUAGAAACUUGUCUACAGUUCGCCACAUGUGUAUUCUGCACAUUCCCUGUUAAGGGAAAUGGGGACGCAGUCAGUAUGGCGAUCACAUUGAUUUCUAACAUUAUGGUGGGAACUAUAUGGGUCGCUUUCGAUUUAGAAUCACUACACAUGAUACCACCCAUUAUCGUUGCUCUACUUACGGUGAUAUUUACAAUGCCAAUAGUGUGGGGUCAAUUGUAUCCACAAUGCAGCACAUCCAUUUGGGAGACUUUCCGAGUCGGAUGUUCUCCCAGGAAAUAGAAAUGUU